AUGCUUAUCCUGAGUGCCCAGAGCCAAUCCCAGGCAGUACAGGGCAGAGAGCCAAGGCCGCCGGGCCACCCGGCCACCACGCCACCGCGCCACCACGCCGCCGGGCCACCCGGCCACCACGCCACCGCGCCACCACGCCGCCGGGCCACCCGGCCACCACGCCACCGCGUCACCACGCCGCCGGGCCACCCGGCCACCACGCCACCACGCCACCGCGCCACCACGCCGCCAGGCCACCCGGCCACCACGCCACCACGCCACCGCGCCACCACGCCGCCGGGCCACCCGGCCACCACGCCACCACGCCACCGCGCCACCACGCCGCCGGGCCACCCGGCCACCACGCCACCGCGCCACCACGCCGCCGGGCCACCCGGCCACCACGCCACCGCGCCACCACGCCGCCGGGCCACCCGGCCACCACGCCACCACGCCGCCGGGCCACCCGGCCACCACGCCACCACGCCGCCGGGCCACCCGGCCACCACGCCGCCGGGCCACCCGGCCACCACACCACUGGGCCGCUACGCCACCAACACACGAUGCACGCCGUUUAAAAUGCCACACAGGCAUCUGUCCAGCUUCUUCCCGGGCUCGUUGGGUCCUCCCACCCCUACCGUGCCCCGGCACACGUCAAUCACCGCCCACACAUCGGCGACACGAGGCUGCAUCAAGGACAACGCUGCAAGCACGCCUGCUGUGACCGUACAACUUCCCAACGCAGAGCCGGUCUCCCGUUUGGAAAUGUUCAUAAUAGACACGAAGGCCAGUUCGAAGUACUUUCAUGGAAACUUCGAAGGGCUGCGCAUCCAUCUCCUACGCACCGUUAUGCUCAUGCGAAGUUACCCCGAAGAAAGAGCCCCCAAACUGACCAAGUUCGACGGAGACUCCGAGGUCCGACCGCCGGCGAUAUGA